UUUUGUUGUUUUAUAUAUUAAAUUUUUAUCAUUAAUUAGUUUAUAUAAUUUAUUAAAAACCGGUAGUACUCAUUUUGUUAUUAAAGAAAUAUACUUGUUAUAAAGAUCUUUAUAAAUAGUAAUUGGUAAAAGAUUUAAAAUAAAAAAAAUAAACAAUACUGCUAAUAUGAACUUAAAAGAUAAGAACUUUCCUGAAUUAAAAAAUGAUAGAUUAUUACGAGCAGCACUUGGAAAAGAAGUGGACAAAGUUCCUGUUUGGGUGAUGCGGCAAGCUGGCAGAUACUUGCCUGAAUUUCAGGAGGUUCGAGCUAAACAUGAUUUCUUCACUGUCUGCCGAACACCUGAAUUGGCAUGUGAGGUGACAUUGCAGCCACUGAGAAGAUAUAAACACCUUGAUGCAUCCAUUAUAUUCAGUGAUAUUCUUGUAAUACCACAGGCUUUAGGCAUGACAGUUGAAAUGCAUGCUGGAGUUGGUCCAGUAUUUCCCAAACCACUGAAUGACCCCUCAGAAAUAAAUCAGUUACAAGAAGAAGGGGCAGUAUCCAGGUUGCUGUAUGUUGGUGAUGCUAUCAAUUUGACUAGACAUAAAAUUGAUGGCCAAGUACCACUAAUUGGUUUUACUGGAGCUCCUUUCACUCUGAUGGGUUAUAUGAUUGAAGGUGGUGGAAGCAAAACUAUGUCUAAAACAAAGGAAUGGUUAGAAAAGUAUCCAAAAGAUGUACAUAAUUUACUCAGUCUUUUGACACGUGUAAUAAUAGACUAUUUAGUAAUGCAGGUUGCCAGUGGAGCACAAUUAUUGCAAGUAUUUGAAUCCAGCGCAGAUCACCUAACAAGGGACCAAUUUGCAGAAGUAUCAGCGACUUAUUUAAAAAAUAUCAGGGAUGGUGUUCGAAAUAAACUUGAUGAGAAAAAAUUACAACAAGUUCCUAUGACACUUUUUGCUAAAGGCGCUGGACAUUCUUUAGACAUACAGGCUCAAUUUGGUUAUGAAACUCUUGGAUUGGAUUGGACAGUGGACCCCAAGAAGGCAAGAGAAAUUGUUGGCGAAAAUAUCACAUUACAAGGCAACCUAGAUCCUCAGGACCUUUAUAAAACUCCGGAAGAAAUAAAAAAGCUAACAAUUAACAUGGUUCAGAAGUUUGGAAAACACAGAUACAUAGCCAAUUUAGGUCAUGGAAUCACACCACAGACUCCAUUAGAAAGCAUGACUGCUUUCACAGAAGCUGUACAUGAAGCGUUAUAGACUUAAAUAUUUGUUAUAAACAUGUUCAUUCUUGUUAUAAUGUAAAUUUUAAAUAUGGAAUUAUAUAACUUUAUUUGGGAAGGUUGAUAAAAAAUUAUUUCAUUUAUGUACAAUGUUUUAAUGGACCUAUAAAAGCUUAAAAAUACAGAAGCUUAAUACAUAUUU